AUGGACUGCGCUUGGGACCCGGAGCUUUACUACAACAGCGUGUACGCCGUGGACCUCAAGGCACACCAGCGUCGCGGCGGCUCCUGGGUUCUUCCCGACGGCGACGGGCCGUGGAACGUCGAGAUGUCGGCGUUGGACAAGGGCGCGGCCAAGAAGGUCAUGGACACGCCGCUCGUCCGCGACGCCGUGACGGCGAUCCGGCGCGCGCUGCGCGGCUACAAGCAGAAGGGUGAGCCGUCCCAGGCCAAGACCGGCGGCUCGAGCACAAUAUCACUCACGCUCGCCAUCAAGGACGGGCGCGUGACGCAGUUGUACGUCUUGCAGAAAAAGAUCUGGUACGUAUGGGCGUUAGAUUACGCCGGCUCGUUCCGCUUCGUGCCCGUCCUGGAGCGCUUCUUCGAGGAGGGCGCCUCGCUCUACAACCUCGACCUCGAGGUGGUGCCCGGCGAGGUCUCGUUCGAGGCCGAGGCCGCGGCCUUCUGGGCCCUGGUCAUCUUCCUGGGCGAGCCGCGCGCGGACCUGUGCCUGCAGACGCCGCUCAUGCGCGUGCCGUGGUGGGGCCUCCACGCGGAGCAGCGCCGCGCGAUCGAGGCCCUGCCGAGCGGCCACGCGUUGCGCGAGCUGCUCGAUCUCCCGGUCGGCGCGGACCUCCCCGUGCCCGUCGUGCAGUGGGGCAAGAUGGGCACGGAGGCGGCCCUCGCCCACUACGAGGCGUCGCUGCUCGGCGGCGGCACCCCCAAGUUCGGCUACGAGGACCCGGACGAGGCGGCGGCGCACGCCAAGCGGUCGAUGCCCGGGGGAGCGGACGCGCACCGUGACCGUUGUGAGCUCGGCGGUAGCUGCAAGAAGGGCGUCCGGGCGGACGAGGCGCACAAGGAGCGGUCCAAGCCCGGCGGCUCGGCGGCGCACGGCGCGAAGAUUGUGUACGCCGGCGCGCAAACUCACGGCCUGGUGGCUCUCAAUUACGUGUCGCGGCGCUACUUCCAGGGCUGGCGCCGCUUCGAGGCCCCGCGAGACGAGCGGCCCGGCUCCCCCCUCAUCACGGCCUUCAUCAGUCCGACGCCGCGCGUCGCCUUCAGCCUGCUCAACAACGUUCGCGCCGUCAACGGCACCUUCGAGUCGACGUUGUCCAACGGGCGGAGACACUGCGCCGGCGACUUCGAAAUCGAGACAAACGUGGGCAAGUGGAAGGCGAUGGAUAUCGCCGUCGCCAUGGGCUACGUCCACACCUCAAUUGACCGCCGCAGUCCAGUUGUGCGCGAGAUGACCGCUGGCCAAGAGUACCUCUGCGCCAAGGGCUGCGGGCGAAGCUUUGUGACCACGCGAGCUGCGGGCUACCACGAGUUUUACUGCGUGGGCGUCAAGCCGAAGCCCCGCGGCGCCCGCUCCUCCAAGCGACUCAACCCGGGCCCGGAACUCCGCCGCUCCUUCGCGGAGCUGCGCUGA